AUGAUGGCUAAAAAUAAUAUUGAGGAUAAUGUUGAAAGGCAAUCAAGUACUACGACUGUAUCAUUUACCGAUGAUAAAAGUAUUGGUUUCGUAAAAAAUGACACUCCAACUGAAAGUAUCAAAGAAAGGCAAUCUCAGGAGGUACCCAAUAAUUGGACUAGAAAACAUCUACAAAAAUUGCAUUCAUUUGGUAGUUUAAUUAAAAAAGAUAAAGAUGUUAAACUUCCGGUUUGUAGUUACUUACCUCAAGGACGGGCAGUGUCAGAUUUAAUUUUUGAAAUGUACCAUAGUGAAGAUACUCAUCAAUUAUCUUUAAUUAGACUUUUAAAAAAUCUUGCCUUAAAGGGAAUAUUAAAAGAUGAUCCAAGAAUUUUAAAAAUGCUUCAUGCAUUUAAAGAGGAAGGACGUAGUAUUUCAUUAGAUACUCCAGAUCCUCAAUUAAAUCAGGUUGAUGAUGUUCUUGUUAGUAAGGAAAGUUUUGCUAAAUGUAUAGCACAAAAUACUAUUGUUAAUAAAGUUUUUAAAAAUCAACUUAUUAUACCAGAAUGGAAAAGUUUUACAGGACAGGUUACAAAAAUUUUUAAUGAACUUAAAGAUGUUAAAGAUGGAAAAACUGCUAGUUAUAUACCACAAUUGGCACGUGUUAAUCCAGAUAAAUUUGCCAUCUCAAUUUGUACAAUUGAUGGUCAAAGGCAAUCAUGGGGUGAUUUUAAUUCAAAAUUUUGUCUUCAAUCUGUUUCAAAGGCCUUCACUUAUGCAUUAGUUUUAGAUGAAUUAGGUGAUGAGUAUGUUCAUAAAUAUGUUGGUACUGAAUCAUCUGGGAGAGCAUUUAAUAAAAUUAUUCUUGAUAAAGAUAAUAAACCUCAUAAUCCAAUGAUUAAUGCUGGUGCUAUUGUUGUAGCAUCAUUACUUAAAACAACUGAUCCUUUGUCAGAAAGAUUUGAUCAUGCAAUGAAGAGAAUGAAAGAAUUUGCCGGUAAUGGACAUGUAUCAUUUAAUAAUUCUGUUUUUUUAUCUGAAAGAGAAACAGCUGAUAGAAAUUAUGCUUUAUCAUAUUAUAUGAGAGAACAUGGCUGUUUUCCAGAAGGAUCAAAACAUAGAGAAAAUUUAGAUUUAUAUUUUCAACUUUGUUCAAUGGAAACAACAUGUGAUUCAUUAGCUAUUAUGGCUGCAACUCUUGCAAAUGGUGGUGUUUGUCCAUUGACAGAGAAACGUGUUGUUUCAAAUACAGCUGUACGUGAUACUUUAUCACUAAUGUUAAGUUGUGGUAUGUAUGAUUAUAGUGCACGAUUUGCAUUUAAUGUUGGAUUACCUAGUAAAUCAGGUGUUUCUGGUGACAUGGUCUUGAUUGUUCCAAAUGUUAUGGGAAUAGCUGUAUACUCACCUAGACUUGAUGAUAUGGGUAAUACAAUAAGGGGAGUUAAAUUUGCCGAAAAACUUGUUGAAAUUUUUAAUUUUCAUCAUUAUGAUAGUUUAAUUUUUAAUGAGUCAAAUAAGAUUGAUCCAAGAAUAAAGAAUAUUGAUGUUGAAUUAUUAAAUAUAUCUGGUAUAUUAUUAGAGGAGGCUGAUUAUGAUGGAAGGACAGCUCUUCAUAUUGCAGCAACAACAGGUAAUGCUGAAAUAUUGGAAUAUCUUUUAAGAUAUUGGAAAGUUACACCAGAACCUAAAGAUAUUUAUGGAAGGACACCAUUAAAUGAUGCAAUAUAUUUUAAUCAUCCUGAAUGUAUUACUCUUCUUCAAAAUGCUAAACAAAAAUUUAUUGCUAAUGGGUAUGAAAAUGAAGCAUUAGACUCUGUACAAAGUGAAAUGAUUAAAAAAAUGAAUUUUUUGGCUAUUAAUAAUAAUGAUACUAAUGAGUCUCCAGCAUAA